AUGAGAAGAGGGAGCCGUAGUGGUGGAGGUGGAAGCAGUAGCAACAGUAGUUGUGACAGCAGGAGUACUGGCUGCAGUAGUGGCAGUGGCAGUGGCAGUGGCAGUGGCAGUGGCAGUGGCAGUGGCAGUGGCAGUGGCAGUGGCAGUGGCAGUGGCAGUGGCAGUGGCAGUGGCAGUGGCAGUGGCAGUGGCAGUGGCAGUGGCAGUGGCAGUGGCAGUGGCAGUGGCAGUGGCAGUGGCAGUGGCAGUGGCAGUGGCAGUGGCAGUGGCAGUGGCAGUGGCAGUGGCAGUGGCAGUGGCAGUGGCAGUGGCAGUGGCAGUGGCAGUGGCAGUGGCAGUGGCAGUGGCAGUGGCAGUGGCAGUGGCAGUGGCAGUGGCAGUGGCAGUGGCAGUGGCAGUGGCAGUGGCAGUGGCAGUGGCAGUGGCAGUGGCAGUGGCAGUGGCAGUAGACUUGGCAGUAGAAGUGACAGCAGUGGUAGUAGUAAUAGUGGCAGUAAUGGUAGUGGGAGUAGAAGUAGCGGCAGAAGUAGCGGUAGAAGUAGGGGUAGUAGCAAUAACUGA